AUGGAUAAUCCACAGCAUUAUCAACCUCUGUCACACGCCCUCUUGCCAACAACUCAGCCCAGGUCAAUAUAUUCCCCAUCCGCAAUGUUUGUACCCCCACCAGAAAAGUCCCCCACCACCGUCGAACCCAGUCGAGAGGAGGAAGAAGAAGAAGAGGAGGAGGAGGACGAUGAAGGUCUUGUAGAGGAGCAGUUGAACCAAGAUGAACCUGAGAAUACCGGAAGCAAUCCCUCUUCGCCUCCAACAAAACCUCCAAACACACUGGACACUCAGGCCGUGCCAAGUAAUCAACCUUCGACUGAGCAAGAGUCUGCCCAAGAGCCUGAAAGGAAACGACGUCCAGGCCGACCAAGAGGUUCCAAAAAUAGGAAGGUUCGCGCUGGCCAGACCUCCUCCAAGCCAGACGGCCCCGCGUUUUAUUAUCAAGGUCACACGACAGCUCGUCCUCCUCAACAUCCGGAUGUCACUGCACAGAACCAACAGUAUUACGAGUUCCAGUGGCGCGUGCUCAACCUUUGUGCCGAGUUCUAUGGUGCUGCAGAAGAGUUGGUCAAAGGCACGUCGCCUACCGUCGUUGCCCAAUGCUAUCAUAUGGGUCCUACCAGUAAGGUCGACCCUUUAUACAUGUUGGGCGAAGCAAAGCGGAUCUGCGAUACUCUGCCUCAGGCGGCGCCCAUAGCUGCCACUUCUACAAGUACAGCUCCUUCCACUAGCAAGCCAGCUUCGGCUGCCGCUUUGAUUACUAACCCACAAUCUUUUGUAGUCCCCCUGGGCGCACAACCUCCUUAUGCUUCUCCGUUCCCUGUCUACCCCCCUCCGCCCCCAGGACAAUACGCCACGACGCCAUAUUAUCAUCCUCAGUACCCCUAUUCUACCUCUUAUUAUACUACUACGCAAGUGCCACCGAUUUCUUCAACUUCAACGCCAUCGCACGCAGCGGCCACCACAUCUUCCAUCGUCUCAACUCCGACGACUACCAUUUCGACGACGACAGGAGCAAUAGGGGGCAACCAAGGUCCAUGGUCAGACGAAGAAGUAGAAAGGUUAAAAAAGCUAGCGGAGGAAAGCAAAUCCAUCGGAACCAAUGGAGAGGUGGAGUGGGAUUGGGUGGUGCACCAAUGGGGAAAUGGUCGAUCAAGGCAUCAAAUUCUCCUGAGAGCGACAUCACUUGGUUUAAAAGAAAGCACCAGCCGGGGUGUGAAACGGCGUCGGGAAACAGAAGGGCCAAGCGAGAUAGCAGCGAACUCGCCGGCAGUCGUGGCUCCAGCCAACGCGACUGCAAUUGCUUCUCCAGCUCAAAGCGCAACGCCGACCGCUUCACCAGCUUUACAAAGUAUACAACAACCACCCUCCAAGGGCCCCACCACUACAUCGAGUACACCGUCAACUGCACCCUGGCCAAUGCCAACCGUCGCUGGCAGCACACCUGCUGUCAUUGCCGCUUCAUCGACAGGUCAAGAUCCGCAACGGACGAGCUACUAUCGUCCUCGUCCGAAUCAAACAACGGAUACUCCGACAAAACCUGCCUCACAAGCCAACUCACAUCACUACGUGUACACACCGAACGGCCAUGCUUCACGAUCGGGGAAGGAGCCAGGAAAAUAA